AUGUUCAGCGGAAUCCCUGAAUGUGCCCUCGAGGCCGACGAUGGCCUAUUGAUGGUCUAUGAACAGCGCCAUAUGGCCUCUGGAUCGGCGUCUUUAUCUGUUGCUCGUGAUGAGGCUCAGGCGGCAGCAGCUGCCCAAGAUGGAUUUGAAGCCCCGCUGGAAGCCGCACAAGCAGAGAGAUAUGGCUCAGAUGCGGGAUUUAACGAAGAUCUCGAAGGUCGACUGCCCCUCGAGCGAAAUGCCCACAAAAAUUCCGUCCGUGAACAAAUUCCGGACUCGAUUCUACGGCUGAAUAUUGGCGGGAGCAGCUAUCGGAUACGGACGCGGUCGAUUGUGAAAUUUGGGCCAAAGACGUUGUUAGGCCGUUUUGUCCGUAUGAACCACGAGCAUCGUCGCCAGUGGGCAGAUUGGUAUUUUGAGGAUACUGAUGAAUAUUUCUUCGAACGGGUACCUAGAUACUUUGAUCCAAUUUAUGAUUUCUUCGCCACCGGCAAGCUGCAUGUGCCAAAGGACCUGUGCUUCGACAAAUUCAUGGCCGAACUACGCUUCUGGGCGGUGUCCAAAUCGAAAAUGGAUGAGUGUUGCUCCCCAUUUACACAAUACGCAUUCACCCUCACCGCCCCAUCCCAGGAAAAGGACCACUUCAUCGGGGUACGGUGCGCCAAGUUGAGGCGACGAUUGUGGUUGGUGCUGGAGGGGCACACUAAUAGCAAGUGGUGGAAGGCUUUCGAAGUCACCUCAACCUCGUUCGUCGUGUUGAGCGUGGCGGCGCUGAUCUUGGGCUCGAUUCCCGAGUUCCAGGUGCCAGCAAAUGCUGGCGGGGAGGACGAGCUCAGUCAUGUUACGGCCACGUACCCUACAUAUCCGAAUAAUCUGCCGAAUACAAUUUCCGAACGGGUACUAGUCAAAAAGAAUAAUGGAGGCGAAACCCCCGAAAUGGUGGAGCAUCCCGUGUUCAACUACGUCGAGAACAUUUGCGUCAUCUAUUUUUCGAUAGAGUACGCGCUGCGGUUUUGGGUAGCGCCGCGGAAAGUGGCGUUCGCCCGUCAGUUCUUGAACGUCAUAGACCUGCUGUCGAUUGCGCCGUUUUUGAUCGAGAUGUUGUUGAUAUUGAUCGGCAUCUCUGGCGACAACGUCCGUAAGGUACGAUGGGCAUUUCUGACAGUCCGUCUCCUUCGCGUCCUCCGCGUCAUUCGCAUCGCAAAGCUUGGCAGAUUCUCACCUGGUCUUGCCAACUUCGCGCUGACGAUCCGGAAGAGUAAGAAGCAGAUGCAGAUGGUUGGGGUUGUGAUGGCUACUGUGGUGAUCUUCUUCUCAACCCUCAUCUACUUCCUCGAACGGGACGAGCCCGACACGAAAUUCACCUCUAUCCCGGCAGCGUUUUGGUGGAGCGUCGUGACGAUGGCUACUGUAGGAUAUGGAGAUUUGGUCCCAGUGACAGUUGCGGGAAAAAUGGUCGGCUCGGGCGCGAUUGUUUGUGGCGUGAUGGUGCUGGCGUUGCCGAUCACAAUCAUGGUGAACAACUUCAUGCAGGUCGUCAAGCUGCGCGAGGAGAAGAUCAUCAAAAAGUAUGCGCAGGCGCACGGCGAUCAAGUU